AUGGCGCCGAUUCACAGCUCACGCCGCCUCGACGGCACACUGCUUGCACUUCUGCUCGUGCUCGUGGCCGCCACCGCCUUUGUCAGCGCUGCCGCGGCGCGAGGGGACGCGCUGGCCGCCCGGCAUGAGCGGUGGAUGGCCAAGUACGGGCGCGUGUACACGGACGCUGCCGAGAAAUUGCGCCGGCAGGAGGUGUUCGCGGCCAACGCGCGGCACAUAGAUGCUGUCAACAGGGCAGGCAAUCGGACGUACACUCUCGGGCUCAACCAGUUCUCCGACCUCACCAACGAAGAGUUCGUGGAGAAGCAGCUCGGGUACCGUCACCGGCGCGGCGAGGAAAGCACGCCGGUGGCCGCUGUGAACAUGUCCAUGGCUCAGUUCCAGUCCACGCCGGACAGCGUGGAUUGGAGGGCCCAGGGCGCCGUCACCCAAAUCAAGGACCAAGGCGCCAACUGCGGUUGCUGCUGGGCGUUCGCGGCGGUGGCGGCGACGGAGGGGCUCGUAAAGAUCGCCACCGGCAACCUCAUCUCCAUGUCAGAGCAGCAGGUGCUCGACUGCACCGGCGGCCCCAGCACCUGCCAGAGCGGCUACAUCAACGACGCCUUAAGCUACAUCGCCAAGAGCGGCGGCCUGCAGCAGGAGGCAGCCUACGCGUAUAUCGGCCAGCAGGGCGCGUGCCGCGGCGGCGACGUCAGCCCAAAUUCAGCCGCCGCCGUCGGCGCACCCCAGUUGGUGAGCCUGAACGGCGACGAGGGCGCGUUGCAGGAGCUCGUGGCCAGCCAACCGGUGGCCGUGAGCGUGGAGGCCGACCUUGACUUCCACCACUACAUGAGCGGCGUGUACACCGGCAGCUCGUCGUGCGGGCAGAACCUGAACCACUUCGUGACGGUGGUGGGCUACGGGACGGACGGCGGCGGGCAGGAGUAUUGGUUGGUGAAGAACCAGUGGGGGACGACGUGGGGCGAGGGGGGCUACAUGCGCCUCACCCGCGGGAACGGCGGCAACUGCGGCAUGGCCACCUACGCCUACUACCCGACCAUGGACAACUCUUAA